AUGUACAAGAGAACAGUUUUUGGUCGAUUCCUAGACAUUGAACUUGUAUUCAACAGCCCUCUAAUCCACCAUAUGUUAUUGAGGGAAGUGAAGAACUCGGGAAUGGACUCAAUCAGUUUCUUUGUCAGAAGAAAGGUCAUCACAUUUUCGAAGGACGACUUUUUGUUGAUUACUGGUUUGUGGCGGUCUCCUACGCGAGUUGGACGGAAUAAGAAGUCCUCACACGAACUUUUUACCAAGUACUUUGGUAGUCAGUUGGCCUCAAACGUAUUCCACUUGCAUUUGCUUGAAGAAGAAUACAAAGAAUUGGUAUUUGAAAAUGAUGAUGAUGCAUUGAAAAUUACCCUAGUAUACUACAUAAAGGUUGCAAUGAUGGGUAAAAACAAGCAAAAGAAUGUUGUGGAUCGUACCCUAUUUGACGAUGUUGAGGAUAUAGACUACUACAACCCUUUUGAUUAG